AUGAAUUCUCAGGAGGGUCCAUACCUCAACAAGAAGGCUCUGCUCUCACCACUGGGAGCUGCCCGUCUCUGCCAGUUAGCCAUGGGCUGCGCGGUUAUCGCCCUGGUGGUCCACACGGCAGGUUACAGCGGGUCACAUGGCAUCUUCUGUAUGGCGGCCUGGUGCUUCUGCUUUGCGAUGACCGUCUUGGUCUUCUUCCUGGACGCCACUCGCCUCUACAGCUGCCUCCCCGUGUCCUGGGACAAUCUCACGGUCACGUGCGCCGCCUUUGCCACCCUCAUGUAUGUGACCGCUUCCGUCGUCUAUCCACUAUUUUUCGUCAGAUCCGAGUGCCCUUACGCCGGAUGCCACGUGCGAGAUUUUCGCAUUGCGGUCACCGUGUGCUCCAUCCUGGGAACCAUCGCCUACGGAGCUGAGGUGGCUUUGUGCCGAGCCAGGCCAGGCCAGUCUGUGGUGGGAUACAUGUCCACCGCCUCUGGACUCCUCAAAGUUGUUCAGGGAUUUGUGGCGUGCGUGAUAUUUGGGGCUCUGGCCAAUGGAAGCGAGUACUCCCGUUACCCUGCAACCAUCUACUGCGUGGCAGUCUAUUCGUUCUGCUUCGCUCUGACUUCGGUGGUGGUGAUGAUGACGGUAUGCGGCAGGACAAAGGCUGUGCGCUGUAUGCCCUUUGACCGCUUUGUGGUGGUCUGCACCCUGCUGGAGGUUCUACUGUACCUGAGUGCAUCUGUGGUGUGGCCUGUGUUUUGCUUCGAUGCAAAGUAUGGAUCACUGUGGCGCCCGUCAUCUUGCCCUCAAGGGAAGUGUCCGUGGGACAGCAAGCUGGUGGUUUCUGUCUUCUCCUUUGCCAACUUUGGACUGUAUGUGGCGGACCUUGUCUAUUCCCAGAGGAUAAAACACGUCUCUUCACAUUUGCCCACUGCAUCGCGAUUCAGAACAGCGUAACCUCUCACCAGCAUGUCAACAGUCACAAUAUCAGAAGGAUGGAGAAGAGGUUCCCAGGCCUCCCCAAUAUCAGCCGGAAUUCAAAGAAUGACGCCUCUAGUUACCAUCCUUGCCGCACCCGAAUGAGGGACCCUCCAGCUGACCGCCUGUGCCCUCUGGGGGU